AUGGCGAGCGAACCGUCCCCCCGCACCGUGCGCUUCUCGGCACCCGACGACGACGGACAUGCCCGGCCAGACAAGCCCAAGAGCAGUACCCGCCCAUCAGCAGUCAUGUCCGACUCGGAGAAUGCAAUGGCACCGGGGAACGGGGAUAUCCACUUGAGCCCCCGUCUGAUCGACCAACAAGAUGACCUUGGGACACACGGCCGAUACGUUGAGGCGGGCCAUCCCGCCGGCGUGCAGCCGCACCCGUCCGGCACCUUAGCGAAUGGUGCGAGCUCCCGCCAGCGCAGCACCGCCGAGUCUGGCUCGUACACCAACGGGACGGCGUCGCGGCCGCAACGCCCCACCGGGCCUGCCAGGACCCCUUCCAACACCUACCAACCCUACACGCAGCGGCGGCCUAACCAGCCUGGCACUUCUUCCUUCAACAACAACGGCGGGCUUCACAUCAAGGACGCUUCGAGGCCGCGCCCGAUAGGGACCUCGACGUUCCGCGCCCAAGAACGAGAAUAUGUGCGGAGGCUGCGCCAGCAAGAUCACAACAAUGACUACUUCGACACAUAUGGCUCAGUGGAGCAGUACGACUCCGACUCCGAAGGCGAGACCCCCUCGUCCGAGGGCCCGUUCGAUACAUAUGACGACUCACACAUUAUGUUCGUCAAUAACGAGGAGAGCCAGAUCACCGAGGAGGAUCUGCAGGAUUCCGGCAGCCGCGAGAGACUAGAAUGGCACGGAAUGCUGGAGUCGGUCCUCACUGGCGAUGUUGUCCGACAGGAAAAGAAGCGCCUCAUCGGGUCCGCUGACGAGGAUUUCGGUAAGAGCGCACACAAGGCCGAGCUUUGGCUGGGGAUUCGCGCCCGGGUCUGUGGAAGGCACUUGCCGGUCCAGCGGCGCAUGCUAGAGGAGGCCCGAGCCUCGCUCGACCGCUCCGUAAGCGAUGUCAUCAACUUCUCCAUUGCCGGCGAGAGCGAGGCCGGAAAGCCUCCGGUUGAGCAAGUCCGCGACGCCAUCGGCAAAAUCGAAAAGAUUGAAGCCCUUUACCCGUCCGACACCGGGUUAGUUGCGGCCCUCAAGCCCGCAAUGUACAUGGCGUAUCAGGAAACUUGCGAUGCCAUCAUCUCAUGGCAUAACGUCAACGAGAUGAUCAGUAUCGAACUCUCUAUCCUGAAGAAAUGGGUGGGCAACGACGACCUAGAUUUCCAGCGAUCCCGGGAAACCUCCGGCCGUCUCGGCGACGAAACCUCCUUUCUAGACAGGCUGAUGAAGGAAGAGGGCCUGAAGUCCCUGCAUGCGGAUGACGGCGGCGACGGCAAGCACCUCAGCAAGAAGAGCAUGUUGGACAGCAUCUCCAUGGUCAUAACCAAAGCCAAGGACACCUUGAUCGUGAACGCCGAAGCGUUCCAAAAACGCCAUCUACCACCCUACAUUGAGGAGCUGCUCACCUUGAUCAGCUUCCCAUCCCGUCUCAUCGAGGAGAUCAUCAAAGUGCGAUUAGCCUACGCCAAGAAGAUGAAGGAGUCGGCGCAGCAAAAUACCAUGAUGCAGGACCAGAUGAUCUCUCAAUUCCAGGUCCUGCUAAAGCUAGCAAUCAAGAUCAAAUCCGAAUACAUGGCCAUCUCUCAGCCGGAACCCGGCUGGGACCUACCGCCGUGUAUUGACGAGGAUUUCGACCGCGUCAUUUUGGAUGCCCUCAAGUACUACUUCAAGAUGCUAAACUGGAAGUUGAGUGGUAACAAGAAUACCUUCAAAGAAGCGGAGUUGCUAUUUCAGGAGUGGGGGUUCGGUAACGAGAUUGGAAGUCACCUAACCCACGGAGAUGUCGAAGUUGCCGAGCAGUUCAGCUCCCUCACCUACAAGGCCCUUGGCCGGCUGAAUCAGACUUUCGAGAAGGAGCUCCAGAGGAGGCCCAAGGAGGGCGUCUCGGAGAUGACAAAACGUUACAAACAGAUCCUGGAUUCCGUCCGCGUGCGGCAACGUAUGCUGCAGAGAUUCUCGAGGAUGCUCAGCGACAACUACGAAAACGCCUGCGACUUCACUAUUGCCUUUGGCCCCGAGAGGGUCCAGGAGCUCUUCGACCGCCUCAUAGAGUCCGGCCAUUUCCAGGUCUGCACCGGGAGCCCCGAGCAUGAGAACAUCAUCAUCAUUGCCUCGCCCAGCCUACACGGCCGCAGCGCCGACAUCCAGCUUUUGAUGAGCACCUUUUCUUACGAGACGGUCACCGAGGACCCCUCUGAUCCCUACCUUCUCAUCAUCAGGGCCGAAGCACCACCUACCUGGUUUGGAGCAAAGCUCCACCUAUCGGUGCGGGAUGAACCGCUGGACAUCAAACUCGGACACAUGAGGCUCAUCGCCGGCGGCUCCCAGGCACCGCUGAUGAGUGCUAGGAAAUCGUUCCUCGACAGCAUAGACAUGCACAUUGACCUCGUUGUCGAGCAGAGGUCGAGUCUCCAAAAAGUGAACAUCCGGCUCAUGGAGAUCCGAAAGGUCGCCUUCAAGUUAUCAAACGCCUUCAUGGACAGUGUCGAGACCAUCCGCCGCCAAACGCGGGGCCUCAACUGCCAGGAACUGAUUCAAACAUGCUUCAUCUUCGCCACCGAGUUCGGUCAGCGCUCGCUGCUGUACAUGGACAACAACCGGCGGUCCAUGAACAACAUGAAACUCACCAAACUUGCGCUCGACUGGGUGAGCUUCAUCUGCGACGACUGCAUCUCCUCCGACCGCAAGACGUUCCGCUGGACUGUGCAAGCCCUCGAAUUCGCCAUGGGGAUGACCAGGGGCAAACAUAUCCUGGCGCUCGGCGACGAUGAGUACGCCAAAUUGCGGGCGAAGGUGGCCGGAUGCAUGGCGCUCCUGAUCUCACACUUCGAUAUCAUGGGCGCCAGGUCCAGUAUUGCGGCACAAGCCGAGAAGGCGCGGACGGAGGCCCUCAUGAACCAACUCAAACGGCUCAACAAGGGACAGGGCGCAGACGACGCGACCGCUGCCAAGUACGUCGAGGAGCAUCGUCUCGAGGAGCUAGCCAAGAUCGACGAUCUCAGGAGGCAAAUUCUCUCGGAGCGGUCAGCUAUGGGCCGUGUGCUGGAGAUUUCCAACGAGGUCGAUCGUUCGCUCGCCUGGCUCUCAUCCACGGCCACCAACUUCACCAUGAGGUGGCAGCAAGGCCACUUUGUCGGCGGCGGCACAUUCGGCACCGUCUACGCCGCCAUGAACCUCGACACGGGCCAGCUGAUGGCUGUGAAGGAGAUCCGCCUGCAGGACCCCAAGCAGAUCCCUAGCAUCGCAGGCCAGAUUAGGGAGGAGAUGCGCGUCUUGGAGACGGUAGACCAUCCGAACGUCGUGUCAUAUUAUGGCAUCGAAGUCCAUCGAGACCGCGUCUACAUGUUUAUGGAGUUCUGUUCCGGCGGCUCGCUCGCCAACCUGUUGGAGCACGGCCGUAUCGAGGACGAGCAGGUUAUUAUGGUUUAUGCGUUGCAGCUGCUCGAAGGCCUGGCCUACCUGCACGAGCUGCAUAUUGCCCACCGCGACAUUAAACCAGAGAACAUCCUCCUCGAUCACAACGGCAUCAUCAAGUACGUCGACUUCGGCGCGGCGAAACUCAUCGCCCGGCAGGGUCGCACACUGGUACAAGAAAUCACCACCACCAAGCCCAACAAGUCGAUGACGGGCACGCCCAUGUACAUGUCUCCCGAGGUCAUAAAGGGCGAGAACGUGGGCCACUUUGGCGCCGUCGAUAUCUGGUCGCUGGGCUGCGUCAUCCUCGAGAUGGCGACGGGCCGGCGGCCGUGGGCCAAUCUCGACAACGAGUGGGCCAUCAUGUACAAUAUCGCGCAGGGCAACCCGCCACAGCUGCCCUCGGCGGACCAGCUCAGCCCGGAGGGCAUCGACUUCCUCGGGCGCUGCUUCAUGCGGGACGCCAACAAACGCGGCACGGCCGUCGAGCUACUGCAGCACGAGUGGAUCAUGACGAUUAGGAAUCGCGUCGUCGAACCCUCCACGCCGAACAGCGACACCAGCGGGUCGCUGCAGAACACGCCGAGCACGCUCACGUCAUCCAUGCGGGCUACUUUUGCAGGCGAUAGUUUCUGA